AUGGCCGUGGUCGGUGAGUCCGGCCAGAACGCGACGGAGGUCGCGCUUUUGUCUCUCAAAGCAUGCUUACACAGGUUUCCACCACCCGUGCCGCAGCGAAACGUUCCCUCAUCGGAUCUUGGCGCUGUCUCCUUGGAGGCCAAUCCGGGAAGCUUGGGGCACCCUGAGCUCUGCCGUCGUCCGUGCAUCUACCUCUUGAAGGGAGGGGCCUGCCAUGCCGGGCAUGCGUGUAACUUCUGCCACCUGACACAUUGCACGCUGGAUGCAAAGCUCGAUCAAAAGCAGCGGCGUCUCCUGCAGAAGAUGAGCCCUGGGGAAAUGCUCGCCACGUUUCUUCCCCACUUCCGGAGCAGGGCGGACGAGACAGGUCUCCUCCAUCAGGCCGAACCCCUGAUCCGCUUGAUGAGCCUGGCAACUCUGGCAAAGCACAUGUUGGAGCCCUUCUCCGAAGAGGUGAAGGAGGCGUUCGAAGCUCUGAGGUACAUUCUGAUUGCGUACGCGCGGCAUGACGGAGUGCCUGAUCCCCCAGACAAGGAUUUCGGAGAUGGCUGGUACAAGAUCGCUGCUCGGGAGUCUGGCGAGCAGAAGAACACGGAGCCUAUCUGUUCCCGAGACCAGCUGCAGGCCUUGGAGAUGGAGCGGCAGGAGGAGGAGGAUCGGGAGCGACAAGCACUGGAAGAGGAAUUUCAGAAGCGGCGACAGCGAACGAUGCACGCGAUGGCCCAGAUGGGCCUGGGUGAAGAGGAGAAGCCGGACGUUCCGACUGCCGUGCCCGAAAGCCCAAAGCAGGCGCGGGAUGUACCUGUGGAAGCCGUGUCGGCGAUGUUCGAUGCGCUUGAUGAGGAGGAACUGUUUGGGUCGGCGCUGUACAACUCUGCCGUGUACAGCGACGAGGAGGAGGCGAUCUUCGGCUCACCUGUCGGCGAGGACACUCCGAGCGAGAUGCCGCCGAGUCCUCCGAAGGCUUCUGGGACCGAGACGGAGGCAGGGAAGGAGGCUGCGCAGUCCGGCACCGCAGGGCCCAAGCGUUCGCCGGAGCGAGAGGCGCCGCAGGAGGCAGCGGGUCCUUCGCCUUCCCCAGAGCGGCCAAGCGCAACCGAAGAGCGGCCCAUGGCGGCAGAAGGAGCGAUGGACCUGGGAGCGACGCAGCCGUACUCAUCCCAGGGCGGUGACUCCUUGCCGGCUACGCAAGCCUACCAGGUGAUCAUGGGCCAAGUUUGUGGGCCCGGUGUCCUGUGCGACCUUGACAAGGCGAGUGGAGAUCGUCGCUGGAGCGGAGAUGGCGAUCAGGCUUCGCGGAAGGCCGACCAGCUGGCACUCGAGCUGAGGAUGUUGAAGGACGAGAACUAUCGGAUUCGCGAGGAGCAGCUGCGUUUGGAGAAGGAGCUCCGAGCGAGGCGCCAGUGGGCACAGCCGUCGCCUUCGGAGCGGCCCUCGCACUCCAAGUGGAGGUCCUCCGAGGCAACAGUGGGCACGCAGGGCGGGCCAAGUGCUGGUGCUCGACCAGGAGGAGCCGACUAUCAGCAGAUGGCGUACAUGAAGGAGGUCAUUCGAAGCCUCCAGGAGGAGAACUCACAGCUCCGGCGAGGGGAGAAGUCGGUGGCCGCAUCGCCCACCGUAAGCCAGGAAGAAUACCGACAGCUUGAGCGCCAGUUGCGGGCGCUUCAGCAGCAACAGUUGCGCCAGGUCGGCUCCGCAGGGGUCUCCACGGCUGUCUCCGGGGUGUCUACGCCGCUGUCGUCCUCUGGACACAUCUUCGGCGAGGAGGCCCGGUCCAUGCGAGCACACUACGAGGCGCUGCAGCGUGAGCAGGACGAGCUGCGCAACAAGGUCCGCCGCCUUGCGAGAGCUUGA